AUGUUUGGCCUCCUUCUUCUCAUAGCGCUGUACAAGCUAAGCACUUCAUCACAGUUGGCCAUAGCGGUGUUUUUGUAUAUCUUCUGUCCAGGAGUACACUACACGAGAAGCAAAACUUUCGCAAGGGCGUCACUCUUCCUGUCCGGAGUUUCCGUCAGGCAACAAUUUGUAGCGAAAGCGAAAAUGAAGAAGUUGAGCGCAGAAGAAUGA